CCAUACCAAACCACCUUCCCGUCGUCUCCCUCUCCACCGCCGCGGCGAACUGACCCACCCGACCCGACCCGACCACCAUCCCCAAACCCUCGCCGCCGAUGGAGCAGCCGCCGUCCUCGCCGCCGCCCCCCGCGGCGGCCACGGCCACGGCAGCGCCUACUCCCGCUCCCGCUUCCGCUCCCAUUAUCCUGUCGGACUCGCCUCCUGCGGCCGCCGCGGGGGCGGAGCCCGCGCUGACCGCCGCGCAGAAGGCGCUCCGCUCCAAGCCGGCGCGCGCCCCCGAGGACCCCGACAAGAAGAAUAAGAAGCUCAAGGAUGUGGAGAUCAGUUUUCCAAUUGUCUAUGGAACCAUUUCAUUUUGGCUUGGCAAAAAAGCAAGCGAGUACAACUCUCACAAGUGGACUGUGUACAUCCGUUCUGCAACAAAUGAGGAUUUGAGUGUCAUAGUUAAGCGUGUAGUGUUUCAGCUUCACCCAAGUUUCACUAAUCCAACAAGAGUUGUAGAGCAACCGCCUUUUGAGUUGUCCGAAUCUGGAUGGGGAGAGUUUGAGAUUGCAAUAACCCUUUAUUUUCACAGUGAUGUCUGUGAGAAGCGUCUGGACUUGUUUCAUCAACUUAAGCUGUAUCCGGAAGAGGAUGCCGGACCUCAAUCAACAAAAAAACCUGUUGUAGUGGAAACAUAUGAUGAAGUUGUCUUCCCUGAGCCCACUGAGGCCUUCUUCCUGCGAGUGCAAAAUCAUCCUGCUGCUACUGUGCCCAGGCUACCUCCUGGUAUGACAUUGUCUUCUCCAGGCCCUAUGGAACUUAUGUCACAUGAUAAGAAGCGUUUUGACACGAAGGAUCAUUCUUUGAGCCAGUGGUUCUCGAACUUCUCUGAAGCAGAUGAACUAUUAAAACUGGCUGCUGCUCGUCAACAGGUGCAGGCUCACAUCGCUAAGCUGAGAAGGCAGCUAAGUAUGAUAGAGGGAAUGCCCCAGCAAUCCAGAGUCAUCUCUGGUCCUGGUCAACAGUUUGGGCACGGCUAAUGGAAUGGUAGCUGCUGUAAGGAAGAUGCCGAAACCUGACAACAACUCGCUAACAGAAUGUGAUGAAUGUAUCUUCAUUGACGUCUUAAGCUCGCAAUUGAUGUUUAGUGCUGGGCAGUGUGCGUAAAGCGCAAUCUAUGGAUUGUACCGCCUUUGUGCAUUUUGAAAUCAACGGGAGCAUGAUGUACUGCACUCUGUUAUUUUCUUUUAUGUUCCAGUAGAAGCAUAGCACAGUGGUGCAAAAUCCAGUUUACUAACAUAAUGGAAUGUGCCUUGCUUUGUGUCGUA